UUGCCUUUUCUUUUCUUUCUCUGAUUCGUUUACCCGAACCACUCGACUCAAUCCACCACGACUCACUGAGUCACUGUUCGUGAAAGAAGCCUCUUUAGAUCCGUUGCUUUCAGGCCUGAUCUCACAAUUCCAAGAUCUGCUAUCGAGAUUGAAACGACGCAUUUUUGAAUCUCACGGAUCUGCCUUUGGAUUGGUCUACUGGAAAUGUCGAUUUUGGCCAAAGGUGAUUCGGUUCAUAUUCGAGAAGUUUGGAACGAUAAUCUGGAAGAAGAGUUUGCUUUGAUCCGUGAAAUUAUCGAUACUUACAAUUAUGUAGCUAUGGAUUCCGAGUUCCCGGGUGUUGUUCUACGCCCUGUUGGAACUUUCAGGAAUAUAAACGAUUAUCACUACCAAACUUUGAAAGAUAAUGUGGAUAUGUUGAAAUUGAUCCAAUUGGGUCUCACUUUCUCGGAUGAGGAUGGGAAUCUUCCCACUUGUGGAACCGAUGGCCUCUGCAUUUGGCAAUUCAAUUUCCGCGAGUUUAACAUCAGUGAGGAUAUCUUUGCUGGUGAUUCGAUCGAGUUGUUGCGCCAGUGUGGGAUUGAUUUUAAGAAGAACAAUGAGAAGGGUAUCGAUGUGAAGCGGUUCGGCGAGCUUUUGAUGUCGUCUGGGAUUGUGUUGAAUGAUUCCGUGCAUUGGGUCACCUUUCAUAGCGGAUAUGAUUUUGGGUAUUUGCUUAAGCUUUUGACCUGCAGGAGCUUGCCCGAAACUCAAACCGGCUUCUUCGAGUUGAUCAGCAUGUACUUUCCCAUGGUGUAUGAUAUCAAGCAUAUGAUGAAGUUCUGCAAUAGCCUUCAUGGUGGUUUGAACAAGCUCGCCGAGUUGUUGGAAGUGGAAAGAGUUGGUGUGUGCCAUCAAGCCGGCUCGGAUAGUUUGCUCACAUCAUGCACAUUUAGGAAGUUGAGGGAUAACUUUUUCAUUGGCUCGACUGAGAAAUAUGCAGGUGUACUCUGCGGCUUAGGGAUGGAGAGCGGACAUAAUACUAAUUAGAAGAA